CUUGGAGUUCUUUGCACAGAUAGACAGUGAACAGCCCAAAAUGCGCAUCCUCCUCCUGCUCCUGCUCCUCCUCCACCUCCACCGCCACCCCUUCCUCUCCCUCUCCGCCGCCGUCCCCGAGUACCGCGCCCUCCUCUCCCUCAGGUCCGCCAUCACCGGCGACCCCGCCUCCUCCUCCCUCGCCUCCUGGAACGCCUCCACCAGCCACUGCACGUGGCCGGGCGUCGCCUGCGACCCCCGCCGCCGCGUCGUCGCCCUCGACAUCUCCGGCCUCAACCUCUCCGGCACCCUCUCCGGCGACGUCGCCCACCUCCGCCUCCUCUCCAACCUGUCCGUCGCCGCCAACCAGCUCUCCGGCCCCGUCCCCUCGGAGCUCUCCGCCCUCUCCGGCCUCCGCCUCCUCAACCUCUCCAACAAUGUCUUCAACGGCACGUUCCCCAGGGAGCUCUCCGCUCUCAAGCGGCUCCAGGUCCUGGACCUCUACAACAACAACAUGACCGGCGAGCUGCCCCUCACCGUCGUCGACUUGCCCAGCCUCCGCCACCUCCACCUCGGCGGCAACUUCUUCACCGGCAAAAUCCCGCCGGAGUACGGCCGCUGGGAGUCCCUGGAGUACCUGGCCGUCUCCGGCAACGAGCUCGAGGGCGCCGUGCCGCCGGAGAUCGGGAACCUGACCAGCCUCCGGGAGCUCUACAUCGGGUACUACAACAGCUACGACGGCGGCCUGCCUCCGGAGAUCGGGAACUUGACGGAGCUGGUCCGGCUCGACUCCGCCAGCUGCGGGCUCUCCGGCGAAAUCCCGCCGGAGAUCGGCAGGUUGCAGAAGCUCGACACUCUGUUCCUCCAGGUGAACUCGCUCUCUGGGUCUCUGACCCCGGAGGUCGGCCAGCUGAAGAGCUUGAAGUCCAUGGACUUGUCGAACAACAUGCUGUCCGGCGAAAUCCCCGCCUCCUUCGCCGAGCUCAAGAACCUGACCCUCCUGAACCUGUUCCGGAACAAGCUCCACGGCUCUAUACCCGACUUCGUCGGCGAAUUGCCGCAGCUGCAGGUGCUGCAGCUGUGGGAGAACAACUUCACCGGAAGCAUCCCGGAGAAGCUCGGAGGGAACGGGAAUUUCCAGCUUCUUGAUCUCUCCUCCAACAAACUGACCGGCACUCUACCUCCUGAUAUGUGCAAGGGCAAUAAGCUCCACACAUUGAUCACGCUCGGAAAUUUCUUGUUCGGCCCGAUCCCGGAAUCGCUCGGCGAGUGCCAGUCUCUGAGCAGGAUCCGAAUGGGCGAGAAUUUCCUCAACGGGUCGAUCCCAAAGGGGCUCUUCGGGCUCCCCGUGCUCUCUCAGGUCGAAUUGCAGGACAAUCUUCUCGAGGGCGAGUUCCCUGUGACCGAUGGCUCUGUUGCUGCGAAACUUGGUCAGGUUAGUCUCUCCAAUAACCAGUUAUCUGGGUCUCUCCCGCCGAGCAUUGGCAACUUCUCUGGAGUCCAGAAGCUCCUCUUGGACGGCAACAAGUUCUCGGGCCCGAUCCCGGCCGAGAUCGGGCGGUUGCAGCAGCUCUCCAAGAUGGACUUCAGCCACAAUAAGUUCUCGGGCCCAGUCACCCCGGAGAUCAGCCGGUGCAAGCUCUUGACUUUCGUCGAUCUCAGCCGGAACGACCUCUCGGGCGAGAUUCCGAACGAGAUCACCGGAAUGAGGAUACUGAACUACUUGAACCUGUCGAGGAAUCAUCUCGUUGGCAAUAUCCCUACCUCAAUAUCCACAAUGCAGAGCUUGACAUCCGUCGAUUUUUCAUAUAACAAUCUCUCUGGUCUGGUUCCGGGCACCGGCCAGUUCAGCUAUUUCAAUUACACAUCGUUUUUGGGCAAUCCUGAUCUGUGUGGUCCUUACUUGGGUCCCUGCAAGGACGGGGUAGGGAAUGGGACUCAUCCAGCGCACGCCAAGGGUCCGCUCUCUGCCUCCCUGAAGCUACUGCUUGUGAUUGGGUUGCUCGUCUGCUCGAUCGUGUUCGCGAUCGCCGCGAUCAUCAAAGCCCGGUCGCUGAAGAAGGCGGGCGAGUCCCGAGCGUGGAAACUGACUGCUUUCCAGCGCCUGGACUUCACCUGUGAUGACAUCCUGGAUUGCCUGAAGGAGGACAACAUCAUCGGGAAGGGCGGGGCCGGCAUCGUGUACAAAGGGGCGAUGCCCAACGGCGACCAGGUCGCCGUGAAGAGACUCCCCGCCAUGAGUCGGGGGUCAUCCCACGACCACGGGUUCAACGCAGAGAUCCAGACCCUCGGGCGGAUCCGGCACCGCCACAUCGUGAGGCUGCUCGGCUUCUGCUCGAACCACGAGACGAAUCUGCUGGUCUACGAGUACAUGCCCAACGGGAGCCUCGGCGAGGUCCUGCACGGCAAGAAAGGCGGGCACUUGCACUGGGAGACGCGGUACAAGAUCGCCGUGGAGUCGGCCAAGGGGCUGUGCUAUCUCCACCACGAUUGCUCGCCGCUGAUCGUCCACCGGGACGUGAAGUCGAAUAACAUCCUCCUCGACCUGAAUAACGAAGCUCACGUCGCCGAUUUCGGGCUCGCGAAGUUCCUACAGGACUCGGGUACAUCGGAGUGCAUGUCGGCUAUUGCCGGGUCAUAUGGGUACAUAGCACCAGAAUAUGCGUACACUCUAAAGGUGGACGAGAAGAGCGACGUCUACAGUUUCGGGGUGGUUCUAUUAGAGCUAGUUAGCGGGAGGAGGCCGGUUGGAGAAUUUGGGGACGGAGUGGACAUAGUCCAGUGGGUGCGAAAGAUGACGAACUCGAACAAGGAGGAGGUCCAGAAGAUCCUCGAUCUGAGGCUCCCGUCCGUUCCGCUCCACGAGGCCAUGCACGUGUUCUACGUCGCGAUGCUGUGCGUCGAGGAACAGGCGGUGGAGCGCCCCACGAUGCGAGAGGUCGUCCAGAUCCUGACGGAGCGCCCGAGGCCGCCGGGCUCGGCCAAGGGAGAUGCGGUAGUGCCGCAGUCUUUGCCACCACAAGGCUCAGCACUCGAGUCUUCGGUGACGAAAGACGGGAAGGAGCAACAACAACCGGUGCCGCAAUCGCCCCCGGUGGAUCUUCUUAGCAUUUGAUCUGUUUUGCUGGGAGUGUUCUUUCUUUUACCUCUCUAGGUUUUCAAUGAGUUGGGUUAGCAUUUUCUUUCAUAAAUUUGUCUUAUUUUUUCUGAAUUUUUUUUCCUUUUUUGGGUGGUUGGGGGGGUGUUCUAACUUUAAGGAGUUCAAAUGUUUGAAGUUCUUUCUUUUUUUUCUCUCUUUUGUACAGCAGGAUUGAUAAAUUUUCUUUUCUUGAUUUUAUAAAUUAUGGUGCCUUGUCUUCAUCAAUCCUCUGUGUCCUGUUUCAUGGCACAGUUUGUGAGUGCCGCCUCCUCUGCAGCAGAAACUGAGUUUUACAGAGGUGAACAACAAGGGUGAGUGAUGGAGGAGCAGAGUCAGUACAGUAAGUUUUAAAUUGGUGUUAGAUGGCUCUUGAAAGGGACAUCAAUGGGUGAGUGCUGAUCUACAUACACAUUUUGUUUAUUGGGAGUGAGGCACUUUUAGGUUUUAAGUUUUAACAACCAUGACUUUCCCAGUUUCUAUUUUUCAGGGCUUUAUACCAAGACUUUUAGGUUGUUUGGGGAUGCCAUUGGCUGGUUUCCAAGUUUAUUCUAACUUGGUCUAUUUUAUAUUUUGUCUUUUUGGUAAAA